UGUGUGUUGACAGUUUCUGAGUCGAUCCAAGAAGAAACGAGCAAGAUUUUCUUUGAAAUUUAAAGCUAUUUCUUGGCACUCAAAGGGCUUCCCGUCUUUAAUAAAGAUCACUCAAAAUGUAAGCCUGAGGUUUAAAAAUUACAUGAUGUCAAGUGAAGAACCACCAGAUCAACUUCAACCUCCAGUUGUUGGCAAAGUUGGUCAUUUUAGCGUUGAGCUCAGCUGGGAUCAAGACUACAAUGAAACAAAUAAAAAGGAAUCAGAAGAGAGGAGACAUUACUCUAUUCAAGAGGAAGAGGAAGGAAAGCAAAGGGGUUUUGGUAAUGUUUACAGUGGUUUUUCAAGAAGCUAUGUAUUAAAAGGCCUUGAUCCCAAUACCACAUACAGAUAUCGUGUGAGAGUGAAAACUAGYARUGGAACAAGUCCAUGGAGUUCUUCUGUAACAGUUACCACUACAAAGGUGCCAUUAUCUGGACGUGAUCUGUAUAAAGCGGUUGUCAACUGGGAAGUUGAAAAAGUCCAAAGAAUUUUAGAUGAAAGUGAACAAGAGAUCAUUGAUAUUCCAGACGCUUGUGGCAUGUCUGCAUUAAUGCUUGCAUCUCAGAAAGGAUAUUCAAGUAUUGUAGAGGCACUUGUAGAACAUGGYGCUAAAGUGGAUUUUGAGAAUUCAAGUGGAAAAACAAGUAUAAUGUUAGCCUGUUUUGGUGGACAUCUGGGAAUUGCACAAUACCUUCAAGAGCAUGGUGCUGAUGUUACCAAGACUGAUAAUGGAGGUGCUACUGCUCUGCACUGUGCUAUCGAUGGAGAUAAACUUGAUUGUGUCACGUGGCUAYUAGAAAAUGAUGGAGUAAAGGUUGAUCAAAGAGAUGGUUCUGGCUGGUCAUCUCUCUUAAGACUAGCAAAUGUAGGAGGAAGUGCAGAAGUAGCUCAAGCAUUGAUAGAUAAGGGAGCUGAAGUCAAUAUAAAAGACAAUUCAGACACAAGCGCAUUGAUGAUGGCAGCCCUUGCUGGUCAAGUGCAACUAUGCAAAGUUUUAGUUGAAAAUGGAGCUGAUAUAUGUAUGGUUAAUGAGUUCGGAAGAACAGCUCUCGAUUUUGCAGAAUCAUUUGGAAGAGUUGAAGUUGUUCAAUAUUUGAAAGGAGUACUAGCUGACAGAAAGCAAGAACAAGAACAAGUUUAAACAAYACGUUGAAAUUACGUACUAGUAUUUCUAUUAUCAGAGAAUAUUUUUAUCAAACUUUAAUAUAUUUAUGGAAAAUUUAUAUAUUUAUUCUAGAAAAAUUAUGAACUAUGUUUUACAUGAAUUAUAUUUCAUUGUUUUUUUAUAUUUUUCAACUUUGAAAAUAAUAAAUUUUACUUAUUAUGAAAAGAUUCAUGUGAUUCUGCAUKCCAUGCAGUCAACCGUAGAGUGGGAGCAUUAAUCUUAACUUGGCUACGCCCGAGCAGCCAAACGCUAGAUCAACUUUUCUCUAGAUUGGUAGAAUUUCUUUUUCAAGAGGAGCCGAUCAGGUCUGCUCUUCUAAAUAACUGUUCUUAUACGAUUUUUCUCCUGGGAAAGUGAUUUAGAACUAGAAUCUUAAAUUGGGAAAAACUCUU